AUGAAGACUUCGGGAGGAACAAAUGUCCGGGUUGCGGCCCGCUGCAGGCCUUUCAAUGAGAGUGAAAAGGGAAGGGCUGCGACUAGAGUGGUCAAAAUGAGCGCUGAUAAAACAGUGAUACACAAUCCACACCCUGGGACAAACACCAAGGAACAUAACUUUAGUUUUGAUCACAGCUACUUCUGGGACACCAAGACUGAGCAAAUUUUUUAUGAUCUUGGAGCACCAUUAUUGAAGAAAGCUCUAGAAGGUUAUAAUGCCACCCUCUGUGCAUAUGGGCAGAAGUUCAUGUCAUCUGGGUCUGAUCAAAAGGAAGGGGUAGAUCUCAAUAUUCAAAGUGAAGGUGCUUUCUUGAAUAAAGGGAUCCAGUCUUUGAAUGCUGUGCUCAGCGCGUUGGCAGAUUCGAAGAAAAAGGAAGGUCACAUUCCAUACAGAGAUUCAAAACUGACAAGAAUAUUACAGGAUUCCUUUGGAGGCAGUGCAUAUACAGCCAUGAUCACGACAGUGUCACCAGCAGAUUCUGAUUACGAGGAGACGCUGACCUCUAUGCAGUGUGGAAACAGAGCGAAGCUUGUUGACAAUGCCGUCAAGAAAAAUGAGAUAGAGAACACCAAAAUUAUCCAAGACCUUAGAGAUGAGAUAGCUCGUUUGCGAGAGAAACUGGCGACCUCUGGCAGAACAGGAGCAGCAAACAAGGACGAAGUAUUACAGAUGGAGGAGCUCAUAAAGGAUUUACAGACGGCUAAACGGCAAACUUGGGAGGAACGAGAAAGGUUAUCCGAGCUCGACGAUGAAGAGCGACGAAUAACGUUGGCAAAUAAGGGCAUCUUGGACUGGGUUAUGGACAGUACAAAACGGGAUAACAAAGAGGUUCAAGAAAAACUGAUGGCGCUACAGAAGGAAAAAGAUCAGUUAACGGCUGAGUUUAAGGAAAAGCGAAAACUUGUGGACGAACUCAAAGAUGAAUUGCAAGCGAAGAUUGUUGACUACUCCAAGAUGGCAGAAACUGGUAAAAGCAGCGAGGAUGAAAACAAGUCCAGAGUGGCUUCCAUUCACGAAUUGAAGGAAAAACUCAAGAGUGAGAAUGACGAGUUGAAGAAGAUUAAACACCAGUUGAAAGAAGUGCAGGAGAAGCAGAAAGCCGAAAAAGAGGAAGCCAAGUCACAAACUACAUUUUUAAAAGGAAACGCAGAAUUGCGGUACCGGAUUGAGACCGAACGCCGCGAGAAACACGAGAAAGAGAAUGCUCUCACAUUGGCAGACGAGGUGGACCGGGUUAAGAUGGAGGUGGAGCAGGAAAAGGCUGAAUUGCAGCUGAAGGCUGCAGAGGGUGUACAGUACAGCACUGAUCAGUCCAUCAAGCUAGAAAUGGAGCUGGUGGAGUUGAAAGCCGAACGGACUGUUAUGUCAUUGCAGAUUGAAUCAGUAACAGAAGAGAAAAAGCGGUUAAAGGCAGACUUGGAGGAAGCUUACAAAAGGCAUAAGGAAGAACUGGAAAUUCAACAGCUUCAACAUUUCCAGACGUUUCGUAACUACCGAGAAGUGUUCGAGGAUCAGAAAGCAGCCAUUGAACAGCGCUACCGGACGCUUCUAGAAGAGGCGAUACAAGAUGCUGUGUUCCUAUCCACAAGAAAUCAGGAACUCAUGCACGAGAAUCAGGUGCUGAAACAAGAAAUGGCUGAGCUGAAGGACCAAGUGUCACUAGGGGGAGCUGAUUAAACACACGCAUAUUUUUAAUGGACUUCCAGCUGAAGGAGUUUUUCUUUCAUCCAUUAAGUGAACUGUAAAUUUUUUGUUGAUUUAAACUUUUUUUACUUCUUGACAAUCUUAUUUGUGAAUAGUUUUAUUUUAUUUAUUUGCACCUAUCGAUAGUCGCGGCUUAUUUAUGCCCCUGACGGUAAAAUGCUAUUAAAUAAGCUUUAUUUUCCCGCAGGACGGGUGAUAUGGUAAGGUUUCCCUAGCUCCUGGGUGAAUGAAAGGCGGACGCGAAAUAGACGCAGUUGAGGGAUGACGCAUGCUCGCGCCAACCUUUAAUAGUGUGCCCGCCCCCACCUCGUCCCAGUUCAUCAGCUAAGGAAAGGAGUAAUCUUGCACCCAAAGGGUCUGUCUUUUAAUGUAAGUUCGUUUGAAAUAUAGCAAUCAAUGGUCCGUGAUUUUUUUCCGGAAUGAAUUUGAUACUUGGCGAGCCAGUCUCUCAUAUCUUGGUUCCAUUUAAACUGAUGAAAGACUUUUCCAUCCAAAGAAGUGUAAUGGCAAUUGACCUUUUAGAUUAUAAUAGUGACUUGGUUGAUAGUUUUCGUUAAUCGCCUCGUCAGUGGUUUAGUUUACCAGCCUCGUUCCCAAGGACUGACAUCUUCAUGCUCCCUGAAGCGAGAGAGAGGCGGGAAGGCGAGAGACCCUGGGAACGAGGUUGUCAGUUUACCUGUCGUUCAUUUGAUCUUUUGUGACUGAACUUGGUUUAUAUCAUUUUCAGAUAGCUUAAGUCCUCAACUUUAAUUAAUUGGUGUAUAGAAUCAAGUUCUGUCAAAGCUCCCGACUCCGUUUGUUAGUUGUAAUGUUUAUGCGUAAGAAUCUGUGCGUGCAAUGUAAAAAUAAAAUUUAUUUUGUCCUAAA